AUGUCGACGUCUUCUGCUCAGCCCCGUGAAACUGUGGCUAAUCUGACCAAAUCUAGGAAGGUACCAACAACGAUUGAUGAGAAAUAUUCCCACAACAAAGUAGCAGAAGAAGAAGAAAAAGAGGCUAUUAAAAGAAGUCAAUAUGACGAAACAAAAGAGUCAAUUGAAUCCUUGAAGAAAUUGGAGUCCAUUUUAGCACCGCUUUUGUUUACAUUGUUAUCAUUUUUUGUCAGAUUCUACCGAAUCUCUGUAAAUAACAAUGUUGUUUGGGAUGAAGCACAUUUUGGGAAGUUUGGUUCGUACUAUUUGAGACACGAGUUUUACCACGAUGUUCAUCCUCCAUUAGGUAAAAUGUUGGUUGGGCUUUCCGGAUAUAUUGCUGGCUAUAACGGAUCUUGGGACUUCCCCAGUGGUGAGCAGUAUCCUGACUAUAUUGACUAUACAAAAAUGAGAUUGUUCAAUGCUACAUUCUCAGCCUUGUGUGUACCAUUUGCUUAUUUCACAAUGAAGGAAAUUGGAUUUUCCGUUUGGACUACUUGGCUAUUCACUUUAAUGGUAACUUUUGAAAGCUCUUAUGUUACCUUGAGUAAGUUUAUCUUAUUAGACUCAAUGUUGUUAUUCUUCACUGUUGUUACUGUCUUUUGCUUUGCGCGUUUUAACAACUUCAACACAAGGGAGCUAGAAUUUGGAAGAAAAUGGUGGAAAUGGUUAUUGCUUACUGGUGUGUCUAUUGGUUGUGUUUGUUCAGUGAAAAUGGUGGGCUUGUUUGUUACUUCUUUAGUUGGAAUCUACACUAUUAUUGAUCUUUUCAGCAAGUUGAAUGAUAAAUCGUUGUCAUGGAAGAAAUAUGCUGGUCACUGGUUAGCAAGAACCCUUGGUUUGAUACUUGUACCAUUUGCAAUUUUCUUGCUUUGCUUCAAAGUUCAUUUUGAUUUGUUGUACAAGUCAGGAACUGGAGAUGCAAACAUGUCUUCCUUGUUUCAAGCCAACUUGUUAAAUUCAGAUGUUGGAGGUGGGCCAAGAGAAGUGUCAAUUGUACACUCAGUUGUUACAUUAAAGAAUCAAGGCUUAACCGGUGGACUUUUGCACUCGCACGUGCAAACUUUCCCGGAGGGCUCUAAACAGCAACAAGUCACUACAUACGGCCACAAAGACUCAAACAACAACUGGAUUUUCCAAAGAGCUAGACCACAACCAUACUACGACCCAAGUGGAAAUUUAACCGAUAUUGAAUACGUUAUUGAUGGAAUGCACGUGAGAUUGAUGCAUCCACAAACAGGUAGAAACUUACACACACAUGAAAUUGCAGGACCUGUUACUAAAUCCGAGUAUGAGGUUGCUUGUUAUGGUAAUUUGACUAUUGGAGAUGCUAAAGACAACUGGAUUGUAGAAAUUGUCGAACAAGCUGGUAACGAGGAUAAGUUGAGGCUACACCCAUUAACCACUUCUUUCAGGUUAAAGAAUGAGGUGUUGGGUUGCUAUUUGGGAGUUUCCGGCUCUACUUUACCUCAAUGGGGAUUCAGACAGGGAGAAGUUGUUUGUUAUAAGAAUCCAUUUAGAAAGGAUAAAAGAACUUGGUGGAAUCUUGAGAACAACAGAAAUCAAAUCUUGCCGCCAGCUCCUGCAGACUUUAAACUACCAAAGACUAGAUUUUUCCGUGAUUUUAUACAAAUCAACUUAGCCAUGAUGGCCACAAAUAAUGCUUUGUUACCUGAUCCAGACAAACAAGAUGACUUGGCCUCUUCCUUUUGGCAAUGGCCAACGUUGAAUGUUGGUAUUAGGAUGUGUGGAUGGGGACCCGAUAAGCCUAAAUACUUUAUGAUUGGUUCACCUGCAACUACGUGGACAUCGACAAUUGGUGUUAUUGCUUUUGCUUUCAUUACGCUUUACUAUCUUAUUAGAUGGCAAAGACAAUUUGUUGACUUCCCACCAACUGAAAGAUCCAAAUUGAAAAAGUUCUUUAUGGGUGGAGUUUAUCCAAUGAUUGGUUGGGGUUUGCACUUUAUGCCAUUCGUCAUUAUGGGCAGAGUCACAUAUGUUCAUCAUUAUGUGCCUGCACUCUAUUUUGCAAUGAUUGUUUUCUGUUACGAAGUAGACGCAUUCGCUUCAAUGUUCAACAGACCCAAUGCGUCGGUUUUGAACAAAUUGGUAUAUGCUGGAAUAUAUCUUGCUGCAUACUUUCUCGUUGGUUUUACCUUUUGGUACUUUAGAUACUUUUCAUGGGGUAUGGAGGGUGCUAAGGAAAACUGGAAACAUUUACAGUUGAUAAAUUCUUGGAGAGUUGCCGAUGAUAACUACCAAUAA